AUUCAAAGUUCCAAUAGUAUAUUGUGUAGUACUCGUAAGCAUUGCCACAUAUAUAUAAUAUAGCCAAUAUAUGCAUUGUUGCAUGAUCCGACUAGCUCGCUGCAAAACAGCCAGUGUUCCACGGACAUAUUUGACAGCAGGACCACUCCUCAACAGCAGCAGCAGCAGGAAAAAUGGCUAAAAGUGAUGGAAGUGACUUUUUUAAAAGAACCAGCCUCUUUUGGAUCGUCUCCGUCUUGUUCGGGUUGAGCUAUUUUACCUGCAUUGUGUUUGCGCCUGAAGUAAUACCAUAUCAUCUCCUGGGCCCUUUUGGUACCUUCUGCAAAUAUCUUGUUGACAACCAUGCUGGCACAUUGUACAAAGGGUGGUGGGCUACCUGGGCAAUCCAUGUUGCAGAGGCUUUAGUCUCCUUAAAAGUUUGCAGCAACAAAGGCAUCACCAUGCCCACCAGCUGCUUGUGGUUCUUUCAGACCUUUAUUUUCGGUUUCGCGUCUCUGGGCCUGCUCAUCAAAUACAACCCAGAUAGACCCAAACAACAUUGAUGCCACGAGGGUGCCAGCCGAGAACAAUCUGUGACCUAGGAACAUAUAUGACACUAGUGCCUUUUUCCCCCAACAAUUGUUUCUUGAAACUAGUGAAGUAUUACACAAGAAUUUAAUCAACUUGAAUCAUGUAUUGCUGUGAAAACGCUCAUUUUAUAGUGCUCCCCUCUCCGGUCCUGUUUGAGGGGAGGACUAGUCACAAAUGCAUAAAAGGUAGCUUGGGAGAAAUAUUAACCAGCAGAAAAUGCAAGGACAGUUUGUUGAAAUGAUUUAAGACAUUCAUGAUAGUUUACAUUCCAAGGAUGAGAUUCUUCUAGUUGCUGUGUUCUUUCUUCAAAAUGUUGCUCUUGCUGUUCUUAACAUUUGAAAUAAAAA